GGCCGGGAUCAGCAGGCGGCGAGAGCGGCUCCGGGCCGGUGAGCCCGCCCCGGGCAGGUGUCGGGGCGCCGGGCCCCCGUCCCGCAGAACGACACGCUGUGGUGAUCGUGGUGGGAAGGACGCUUUGUUCCUGAAGGAGCGGGGAGCCCGGCGGCAGGCGGAUCUGGGCAGCCACAGGCACUCCCAAACACUUCACCCCACAGCCUGCUCGUAGGGCCGGCCGUAGCCUCCUCACACCAAACAUCCCACCUGGACUGUGCUCUUGGUCAGCUGGAACGCCCCAAAAACCUCCCCGAGAUUUGAUGGAGCUUGCUUUGGACCUGCAGUCCCGCUCCAGCAUGUCCCCAGGGGCUGUGGGGGGCCGUGGCGGAGGAUCAGGGAGCCGACAGAGGCCGGGGCUGAUGGCGUGAGGGGAUGCCCAGGGACAGCGAUGCCCAUCACACAGGACAACGCCGGGAUCUUCCUCCCCCUCCUGUGCCAGUGGCUGCAGAACAGCCGGCGGGAGGGGGCCGAGGGAGCCGAGCAGCAGCUCUGCCGCUCGGCUGUCCAGAAGCUGAGCGAGUACAUCCAGCUCAACUUCUCCGUGGACGAGAGCAACCUGCAGCCAGGGAGCUGCGGGACUGUGGAUACGGAGAUCUGCACCAUGUACCUGGCCCARGAGAUGCGGAAAAAUGAGGUUCUGGGCCUGAGCUUUGGGAAUAUCCCUGCUCUGGGAGACUAUGGGGAGAAGCGUCGGGGAGGAAAGAAGAGGAAGGCACAUAAGGGGCCUGUGCUCGAUGUUGGGUGUAUCUGGGUGACGGAUUUGAAGAAGAACAGCCCGGCCGGGAAGUGCGGGAGAGUGCGCCUGAAAGACGAGAUCCUUUCUCUGAACGGACAGCUGAUGGUCGGUGUGGAUGUCACUGGAGCAAGUUACCUGGCCGAGCAGUGCUGGAAUGGCGGCUUYGUCUACCUGAUCAUGUUGCGCCGCAUCAAGCGCAAAGCCCCUCUGCCUCCCUCCAACGGCAACAACAGCAACAGCUGCGACCCCAAAGCCAAGCCCAGCCCCGAGCCCGCAGACAGAGCUGCUCAGAAUGGGAAAAGGACCAGGAAGUUUGGGGUCAUCACUAGGACACCGGGAAGCAAAGAUAGCAAGGAGAAGCUGGGCUCAGAGCAYGGGAAUGGGCACUGCACCCCAAUGGAGGUGGAGGUUGCUCAGCCGGAGACCUCUGAAGCAGAAAGCAACGGGGAAGAACAGCACCAGGGCACCGGGGGACCAUACCGGAGCCGGCUGUCAGAUGGUGGCAUGCCAGACAUUGGGGACCAGGCUGCCCAGGUAUGUUUGCUUUGGUUCUUCUAGAGAAGGAAGCAGCAGGUAUGCAAGCAAAUUAAGUUGAUUUUUCAAGCAAUUCUCUGGUUUCAGUGCUUUGGCCUUGGGUUAAGCCUGCAGGUGACAAGACAAGCUGUGGGAUGGGUUCUGAAACUGGGAAGGGUGGGAGGAUUGGAGAGUUAAAUAAUAAUUGUUGGAAACCUCUGUCAUAUUCCAUCUCUGAUGGAGGGGAAGGCCCUUCUAGCUCUUGACCUGUCAGGCUUGGCUUCAGGAUUUUUUUGUUGAGACAACUGAUGACCUUACAACACUGGAGCAGGAGGGGUCAGUAGAAGAUGGUAAUUUUGUCAUUUGGGGCUUUUUGUUUAGCUCUGCUUGGACUUCAUGUCACCUUACAGCUCAUGUUAACAUUGAGAUUGAAGCUUCCCUUUUUAAUGGACCAAACCACUUUGCAUGUAUUUGUGUUACAAAACUUGUUUGGCUGGUGUCUGGGAACCACAUGGAAGUAAUUGUGGAUUUUGCUCAGAGCUGAUGAGAUGGACAAUUUGUUAAUGUUUGGGACGACAGUGGGAUUGGGGYUUUCAUUGCUUCUCUCUUCAUCCCGGUGGAGAUCUUGGGGUUUGUUGCCUGUCUAGAAUUGCAGCAUUGCUGGUUGGAGGAAAAUAACCCAAGCCUUGAUCAGGUUUCAGUAUGCAUCUAUCACCAGAAGCACUGUCUGCCAAUCUUUCCAGAGGCACUGAUAGUAUAAACAGAUGAAGGCUGCUUUGUUGGGCUUGGGGCUGGCUGCAGCAGCUGGUUUUGGUUUUAAGAACUUCAAAGCUGUUAGCAAAGCACUAUGAGUGGACGUCUCAUCACUAAAUUCUGUUGAGAAAAGCAUGGGUUUAAACGUGCCCUCUGAAUAGUGCUCCUYAGCACUACGCCCGGGUAGUGGUGAUUGUGGUUGUGAAGUUAUAGUAAUUUAAUUUAAAAUACAUUGUAGGAGCUAAAAGCAAUUUUAAAAAGCCUCUGGUUUUUAAAGAAGUAUAAUUGCGCAAACUUGUUCUUUGCAUCAGUGAGACACACUGGAUUUUCUGGUGCAGCAGAAAGGGUAGGGUGUUUGUGUGCUGUUCUUGCAAGCCUCAUAAUUGUAGUCAUUCUGAAAGAAAGCAUUAAAAGCUUAAAAAUAAAUAAAUGAACAAUUUGGUAUUUUGAAAG